AUGGAUCUGGACCCCAAGUACGACAACUAUGAUUUCCCCAUCAAGGGCCCUGAGAAGCAGGAUGGCCACGCCGGCUACCUCACCGAGGAUCAGAUCGCCAAGCUUCAUCAGUUCCGCAUGAUGCUCGAGUCCGAAGGUUGCACUGAUCGAUUGGACACUUUGACUCUGCUUCGAUUCCUCCGAGCGCGCAAGUUCGAUGUCGAGGCCGCCAAAGCCAUGUUCGUGGAUACUGAGAAAUGGCGAAAGGAGGUUAAGCUUGACGAGACUGUGCCUAUCUGGGACUAUCCUGAGAAGGCUGAGAUCGGAAAGUACUACACCCAGUUCUACCACAAGACGGACAAGGAUGGACGACCCAUCUACAUCGAGACCCUUGGUGGUAUUGAUCUGACCGCCAUGUACAAGAUCACCAGCGCUGAUCGCAUGCUCCUGAACCUCGCUGUCGAGUACGAGCGCGUCGCCGAUCCCCGUCUUCCUGCCUGCUCCCGCAAGGCCGGCCAUCUCCUCGAGACAUGCUGCACCAUCAUGGAUCUCAAGGGCGUUUCCAUUACCAAGGUCCCCCAGGUCUACUCCUAUGUCCGACAGGCCUCUGUCAUCUCCCAGAACUACUACCCCGAGCGCCUCGGCAAGCUGUACAUGAUUAACGCCCCCUGGGGUUUCUCCACAGUCUGGAGUGUUGUCAAGGGCUGGCUCGACCCCGUCACCGUCUCCAAGAUCAACAUUCUCGGCUCUGGAUACAAGAGUGAGCUCCUCAAGCAGAUCCCCGCCGAGAACCUCCCCAAGCAGUUCGGUGGCGAGUGUGUCUGCCAAGGUGGCUGUGAGAACAGCGAUGCUGGUCCUUGGCACGACCCUGAGUGGGCUCGUCCCGCCUGGUGGGAGAAGAAGCAGGAUGCCAACGUCAUCGAGAACAAGGGUUCUGAGAUUGAGGAGCCCGCAAAGGCUCCUGAGGCUGCUCCCGCUGCUGAGGGUGCUGAUGCUACUCAGACUGCCCCUGCUGCCGCCCCUGCUACCGCUUAA